AUGGUGAUGGUUUAUUUUGGGCCUCACUAUUUCAUUCUCACUUUAUCACACUUCCACUCAAUAAUAGUGUGUUCGUUUCCAACUCUCUCUCUUCUUCACUUGAUUUACUUAAUUGAAUUGGAGAUGUUGGAGGAGUUGAGUGAUCAGAAUAUGAUCGCGAAGGGGAAGCGAACGAAGCGGCCAAGGCCGUCUUCGUCCACCUCCUCAAACAAUUCAUUGGUAUCAUCUCCGGCGACCUCAAGUGGGAUAUCGACAAGCACCGAAGAAGACGAGGACAUGGCCAACUGUUUGAUUCUCCUCGCACGUGGGAAGUCUCCUCCACAGGCAGCGGUGCCGGACAAUAAAUUCAGCAGCCGGAAAUUCGCCUCAGCCGGAAAAGUAGGCAUCUACGUCUAUGAGUGCAAGACCUGCAACAGAACCUUCCCAUCUUUCCAAGCAUUGGGGGGCCACAGAGCCAGCCACAAGAAGCCCAAAACCGCCGCCGAAACUGAUCAAGAAGAGGAAAGAGGAACUGAUUUCAGAAAAUUAACCACCAUUUGUCCAGCACAUAAUGAUCCCAACAAGCCCAAAAUGCAUGAGUGCUCCAUCUGCGGCUCCGAAUUCGGAUCGGGCCAAGCCCUCGGCGGCCACAUGCGGCGGCAUAGGCCUAGGAAUGAAGCUGCGGAUGAGAAGCCCAGAAAUAUAUUGGCAUUGGAUCUCAACCUCCCGGCUCCGCCGGAGGAGGAGAAACUACAGCCGCCGCCGCAUGUAGUCUUCUCCGCCGCCGCGCUUGUGGAUUGCCACUACUAGAUAGGAGGAUAAUUGGGGUUGACAUUUGAUCAUGUGAAUAAUUAUACCAACAAUAUUUGUUUUUGUUUUUUUCUAUUACUAUAAAUUUAUGAGCUACAUUAUUCAUUAUUGUUUCCUGUAAUAAACACAUUGAGAUUUGAACGAGGCCGAUUAAACAUUUUGGUUGUGUUCAUUUUUUCAGUGAUGAAGUUUAAGUUGAAUUCUUUGAGUGAGUAAGUGGUUACUAUU